AUGGCACGGGGGCAUUUCCUGAAGAAGGUGCGGAUCUGGCUGAGGGUGAGGAAUUCCGUGGCCCGGGAGUGUCUGGCUGAAUUCCUUGGGGUAUUUGUGCUGCUUCUGAUCACCGUCGGAGCCACCGCUCAAGGAGUCACCAGCCAGAGCACUAAAGGAAACUUCUUCUGCAUGUACCUAGCGGGGGCAAUCGCAGUCGUAAUGGCAAUUUAUGUGUCGGGGGGAGUAUCAGGAGGCCACCUGAAUCCAGCCUACUCCCUUAGCCUGUGUGCCCUGGGUCGUUUCCCCUGGAGAAAGCUGCCCCUCUACUUUUUCAUCCAGCUGGUGGGCUCAUUCACCGGGGCGGCAGCGGCGUUUGCACUUUAUCACGAUGCCAUACAGAAUUACACCAACGGAAACCUAACUGUGUACGGACCUAGAGAGACUGCGUCCAUUUUUUGCUCGUAUCCAGCUCCGUAUCUAAGCAUUGCCAAUGGAUUUUUGGACCAGGUAAUGGGGACGUCCAUGCUCAUGAUGGGAAUUCUGGCCAUCGUGGAUUCACGGAAUAAGCCCGUCCCGCGGGGACUAGAACCGGUGGUUGUUGGAAUGCUGGUGUUUUCCAUUGGGUUAUCGAUGGGAUCCAACUGUGGGUUCCCCAUCAACCCUACCCGUGACCUGGGACCAAGACUAUUCACCUAUGUAGCCGGAUGGGGUCCAGAGGUGUUCAGAGCUGGUAACUGCUGGUGGUGGGUCCCAGUGGUGGCGCCAUGCGUUGGAGGUCUUUUAGGGUCUUUUUUAUACCAGAUAUUUGUGGAAUUCCACCAUCUGGGGCCUGAGAGUGAAGAAGAGACCUCAAGGAAGGAUGAUCUUCCAGAGAACAAGAAGGAGAUCCCAGUGUUCACCAUAAACUUGGAUAACUCACUUUCCCAUCGCCUGUGAGCCAAGGACUAAGGACCGUCACCCUUGUAGGAUAAAACAUGCCUGGACCACUGAGGAGGCACUAAAAACCAUGCAGUGGACCUCAUCCCAGACCACACACGGGUCUUGUGUGGGGCAACCUGCCUCCACCUGCUGUGUAUUUGUACUUUAGUUCCAAUUUUAUGUCAAUAACAGGAAAUUAUGCAUUUCCCUAUUAAACUGGCCUCGGAAAUCCUCCCCCUCAGGGGCCAUUCCCUGAAUCUGUUGACCAGGAUCAUGUCUCUCAGCGGGC